AUGAGUGAAAACACUCGAAUAACGGAUCAUGAUCAAAAUAUUCCUCCUCGGUCAAAUCAAUCAUCAAAAUUUCCAACUUCAGAGCAUGGAUUUUCAGAUAUAAUCAAUGGAGAAGAACUAGAGUUUAGAAAAGAACAUGAUGAUGAUCAAUUUCCAGUAAUUCAUAAAAUUGAAGCAUUAGGUCAUAUAACACCACCUAAUAUCUUUUCUAAAUGUUCAACUAAUCAAUUAAUAACAAUAGCAGGAGCAGCAUCUGGAUUCUUAGCGGGUGUUGUGGUAUGUCCAUUAGAUGUAAUAAAGACAAAACUACAAGCUCAAGGAAGUCAUGGUAAAAAAUUAAAUUUUAGACAAACAUUAAAAUCAAUACUACGAGAUGAAGGUAUAAAGGGAUUAUAUCGAGGGUUAGUACCGAUAACGAUAGGAUACUUACCUACUUGGACUAUAUAUUUCACAGUUUAUGAACGAGCUAAGAAAUUUUACCCAGGAUAUUUAUCAAAGCAUUGGGAUAUAAAUAGUCCUUCAUUAAAUCAUUUUUGUGCUGCUAUAACAGCAGGAAUGGUUUCAUCAAUAGCAGUAAAUCCUAUAUGGGUAGUUAAAACGAGACUAAUGGUACAAACCAAUAAAUCAUCACCUAAUGAAGUGCGGUAUAAGGGAACGAUAGAUGCUUUCAAAAAGAUGUAUAAUGAAGAAGGAAUACGAGUGUUUUAUAGUGGAUUGAUUCCAUCAAUAUUUGGAUUAUUACAUGUUGGUAUUCAUUUUCCAGCUUAUGAAUAUUUGAAAAGUUUACUACAUUGUAAAACUAUAGAUCAACAACAUGAAGUUCAUGGAUUAUUAUGGAGAUUGAUAGCAGCUUCAUCAAUUUCAAAAAUGAUUGCAAGUACAAUCACUUACCCUCACGAAAUUCUUAGAACAAGAAUGCAAAUAAGACAAAAGAAACAUAAAUCUACCGAUAAAGAACCAUCAACGACAUCUAAUAAAAAACUAUCACUUAUAAGGACAAUGAAAGAUAUAUUUCAUAAAGAAGGUGUACGAGGGUUUUAUGCAGGUUAUUUUACAAAUUUAUUGAGAACCGUUCCUGCUAGUGCUGUGACUUUGGUUAGCUUCGAAUAUUUUAAAACCUAUUUAUUAGACAUUAGUGGUAAGACUCGUAGAUUAAAUAAUGCAUAA